AUGGUUAGAGAAACUAAACUAUACGACCUUCUUGGGGUCUCUCCUCAAGCAAGCGAUGCCGAAAUCAAGAAAGGGUACAGGAAGAUGGCCCUCAAGUACCAUCCUGAUAAGCCUACAGGAGACACUGAAAAGUUCAAGCAAAUCUCUGAAGCUUUUGAAAUUCUCUCCAGUAAAGACAAAAGAUCCAUGUACGAUCAAUUCGGAUUAGAAGCCGCCCGUCAAGGCGGUCCUCUGCCUGGUGCUGGGGCCGGCGGACCUGGUGGCUUUGGUGGUUCUGGGGCCGGUGGUGCUGGUCCAUCAUUCUCCUUCAGCUCUGGAAGUUCACCAUUCGGAGGCUCUCCAUUCUCUCAAGGUGAUGCCUUUAGAAUCUUUGAACAAUUCUCGAAUAGUGGGGGGAUGGGCGAUGACUUUGGGUCAUUUGGCGGCUUCAACUUUGGUGGUGGUGGCAUGCCUGGUGGGAGAAGUGCUGGUGGGUCUAGAGGUGGGAGAAGUGCUGGUGGCAUGCCUGGCGGAUUUGGUGGGUAUGCUCAUGAUACCCCUGAACCUGAAACCGUUACAUUGCCAUUGAGUUGUACUUUGGAAGAAUUGUAUACCGGGAAGACCAAAAAGCUCAACAUCUCAAGAAAGAACCAACACGGCACCCAAGAGAAGCAACUAGUGAGUGUCAAUGUGACUGCUGGUUGGAAAUCCGGGACAAAGAUCACUUACAAAGGCAUUGGUGAUUGGACUCCUCACGGCCGUCAAACCGUGAAAUUUGUCCUUGAAGAAAAAAGCCAUCCAUUGUAUACCAGAGACGGUGAUAAUUUGAAGAUCACCAUCCCAUUAUCGUUCAAGGAAUCGUUGCUCGGAUUUAGAAAAGAAAUCAAGACUUUGGGCGGGAAAACCAUUACUAUUGAUAGAGCAACCCCAAUCAGCCCUAGUACACAAACCACAUAUCCAGGACAAGGUAUGCCAAUAUCCAAGCAACCUGGUAAGUUUGGGGAUUUAUUUGUUAGUUUUAAGGUUGAUUAUCCAAUCUCAUUGACUGCAAACCAAAAAGCUGCCAUUCAGCAAAACUUCUAA